UCUUCAGACGACAGAAAAAAUGGCGGCGUUUGCUGGAGAGUGCUGGCGAAAUGAGCUGCCAAAUCAUGAUAUUUUUGCUAAAUUACGAGAAAACCUCGAGUAUGAACCAAAAGCUAACAACAAGAGGACAGCUAAAAAUCUAAUAUUUUGUUUGAACGGAGAUUUAUUCGUAUGGAAUGAUGCAGACAGCGUUUUUUACACAACCAACUUGAGGCAGCUCAACUCAGAACAGAAUUCGGACAGCGCGAAAUAUCAGACUCUACUCAGCAUCAACCCACCGCGGUUCGAAGUCUGUCAGGUACUGCUCAGUCCAACACAUUAUCAUGUUGCCCUCAUUGGACAGAGAGGUGUCACGGUUCUGGAACUACCGCAACGAUGGGGCAAAAAGUCUGAGUUCGAGGGUGGAAGAACUGAAAUCAACUGCAAGACUAUCCCUGUUGCGGAGCGUUUCUUCACCAGCUCGGCGUCAGUGACCCUGCGGCAGGCGACCUGGUACCCCAGUGAGACGGAAGAGCCUCACCUGGUGCUGCUCACCUCUGACAACACCGUCAGGUUUUAUGGCUUGAAAGAGCCUCAUACUCCUUCCAGAGUUCUCUCUGUGUCUCAGUCGGAGGAUGACAGCAGCGUUCACACUCGGGGGCGCUCCUAUGCAGCGUCUUUGGGAGAGAUUGCCGUGGCGUUCGACUUUGGGCCAGUGUCUGGCAGCCCUCGCCACAUCUCAGGCCAGCGCUCAAAAGAGAACAUGCUGAUUUUCCCCCUCUACAUCCUCUAUGAGAACGGAGAGACCUACAUGAGCUAUACCAGCCUCACACACAGUGGCAACAGUUUCAGCAAGCCUGUGGGCCCACUGCCCAUGUACCCUGCAGCGGAGGAUAACUACGGCUACGAUGCCUGCGCCGUGCUCUGCCUGCCCUGCGUCCCAAACAUCCUGGUGAUAGCCACUGAGACGGGCACGCUCUACCACUGUGUGGUGUUGGAGGCUGAGGAAGAGGACGAGGAGGUGGGGGCUGUCGAGAGGUGGGUCCGUGGAGUGGAUGCGGUUCCGUCGCUUUAUGUGUUUGAGUGUGUGGAGCUGGAGCUCACCCUCAGACUGGCCGCUGGCGAGGAAGAGGACGAGCCAACCGACUCUGACUUCACCUGCCCAAUCAAACUGCACAGAGACCCCCUGUGCCAGCACAGAUAUCACUGCACACACGAGGCAGGGGUGCACAGUGUGGGCCUCACCUGGUUCAACAAACUCCACAAGUUCCUUCAGUCCAAUGAGGAGGAUAAGGAUAGUCUCCAGGAGCUGGCCUGGGAGCACCGCUGCAUCGUGGAGCACAUCCUCUGCACCCGGCCGCUCACUACCAGCAUGUCAGCCCCGGUGCGUGGUUUCUGGAUUGUGUCUGACCUGUCUCUGGGAGCCACCAUGGUCUGCAUCACCAACACUUAUGAGUGUCUUCUGCUGCCGUUGCUGAAUUCCAUUCGCCCCCCCUCGCCCCCCCUACUCUGUUCCCAGUCAGGGAUGGAUUUGGCUAGCUCCCCUCUGCGGGGAUUGGCCGAUGACUCCUUUGAACAGCACAUCCGCAGCAUCCUGGCCCGUAGCUCCACCAAUCCCCUCAUGCUGAGGGCGGGCGAUAAGGACACGUUGUCCCCCCCCCCAGAGUGUCUCCAGCUCCUCAGCAGAGCCACACAGGUGUUCAGAGAAGAGUACAUUCUUAAACAGGACAUGGCCCGGGAGGAGAUGCAGAGAAGGGUGAAACUCCUGACGGGACAGAAGAACAAGCAGCAGGAGGACCUGGCUGUGUGCAAAGAGGAGAGGAAGAGCCUGCGAGAGGCUGCAGAGCAUCUGGCCGACAAGUACGAAGACGCCAAGUACCGCCAGGAGGCCAUCAUGAACAGGGUGAAGCAGGUGUUGGGGAGCAUGAGGAGUCAGCUGCCCGUCCUGUCAGACAGUGAGAAGGACAUGAAGAAGGAGCUGCAGACUAUCAAUGACCAGCUACGACACCUGGGUAACGGCAUCAAACAGGUGAACAUGAAGAUGGACUACCAAAAGAAGCAGAUGGAUAAAGGCGUGUCUCCAGCCAGAGCUACUGUCUCCCUCAACAUUCACCAGAGGAAGUGUGUCCAGGGUGUCAUCAAAGAACAGGGAGAGCACAUAGCCGAAAUGAUGAAACAGAUCAAGGACAUCAAGAACCAGUUCAGUUUUUGAGACUGCAAGACUGCUCAUCCAUCUUACAGUCCCCCAUCCAGACACACCACUAAAAUAAGAGUCCUGAACCACUUUUAUAAAUGCAUUCCAUCUACGCAAAUUGCUUGUGCCAUCAUAUUUAAUUCUUUGACAUUUUUUUAAGUUCAAGACUUGUCUUAACCUAGAUACAGGGCAGGCUGUCAUGAUUGGAAUGUUAAGUUGUCAUGCGGGGUUUUUGUAUGCAUCGAUAUAAGGUUUUAUAUUCAACAUUUGUGUCCUGGGUAAUAAACGAAAAUGUACGUGUUG